AUGGAGUUGGGGGAGGUGAAGGACGUCCAUUUGGGGCAGCGGAAAUCGGUGGUCCGGGAGCUAACCAGAGGCCGGGAAUCGGCCCUCCAACUGAGAGAGCUCCUGGGAUUGAGCUCCGGCGGCGGCGGGAGGCUGGCGGAGGAGGUUGUGGCAUGCUUCACGAGAGCCCUGUCGGCGCUGGAUCAGGGGGAGUCGUCGGAGGUCUGCCAGGGAGCCUCCAGUGCCAGCUCCGGCGACUGGAGGAGCGCCGCCUCCACGGGGAAGAGGAAGCCCCAGCUCGCCGGAGACGUAAGAGGAGGAGCUCGGCGGAGGAGAUCCUCCCACUCGGAAGAGUGGAAGGUGUCCUCGAAGACUCUCGACGACAGCUACACAUGGCGAAAGUACGGACAGAAGCCGAUCCAAAACGCGACGCACCCAAGGUGGCUCCUUCUCCUCUCCCCUCUGUCACUCCCCUUUCUUCCCGGAGUUGGUCGCCUAACCAGGAGGUCACCGGAAUUCCGCAGGAGCUACUUCAGAUGCACGCACAAGCAUGAUCAGGGCUGCCAGGCGAUGAGGACGGUGCAGAAAUCUGAGGAGAACCCGUCGGAGUUCAUCAUAGCCUACAGGGGCCACCACACCUGCAAGAGCGCCGGGAGAUCUUCAGUGGCCGGCGCCGGAGGGGACGACGGAGGACCCUUCCUGAUCUACUUCGACCGCCCCUCGUCGGCGCCCUCCUCCUUCCCAUCGUCGAAGCAGGAGGUCGACGACGGCCACGAUGCCGACGCCCUCAGCAUCCUCAGCGGCAAUGACUCCUCCUCGGACUUUUUCUCGCUGCCGGAGCUUUCGCCGGUGCCGGAGAUGACGACGCCCCAAUUUUACGACGUCUUUGGCCCAGACUCGCUGUCCUUCAGUUUCACCUAG